CUCAUUUCUCUCUCUUCUUCCGUGUCGUAAUACAAUUGCAAUAAGUAUCAAGCCAACUUACUCUCGGUGAGAUACGUUUCAAAAGCUCAGCUACCAGGAUGACAAAGACAAAGACCAUCAGGCUCUCCUCAGGAUAUGAGAUGCCCAUUGUUGGCUACGGCCUCUGGAAAGUGCCGAACGACAAGUGUGCCGACUCGGUCUACCAUGCGAUCAAGCUCGGAUACCGACAUUUCGACGGCGCAUAUGACUACCAGAACAGCUCCGAGGCGGGCGCCGGCAUCCGCAAGGCCAUCCAGGACGGCCUGGUAAAGCGCGAGGAGAUCUUCGUCACGUCCAAGCUGUGGAACAACUAUCACAGGCGGGACCGCGCCAUCGAGAUGGCCAAGGCCGAGAACGACGCCUGGGGCCUGGGCUACCUGGACCUGUACCUGAUCCAUUUCCCCCUCGCGCAGAAGUACAUCCCGCCGUCCGAGCUCUCGCACCCGGGCUUCUGGACCGACAGCGCCCAGAAGAACGUCGCCCCGCUGGACCGCGUCCCCGUGGCCGAGACGUGGGCCGCGCUGGAGACGCUCGCGCGGACCAAGGACAACCCGUCGGGCAUCUUCCGCUCGCUGGGCGUCGCCAACUUCAACGCCAUGCUCCUGUACGACCUGCUGGCCGGGUACGAAAAGGUGCGCCCGGCGAUGCUGCAGGUUGAGCACCACCCCUACCUGGCCCAGCCCGACCUGGUGAAGAUGGCGCACGAGAAUAACGUCGCCGUGACCGCGUACAGCAGCUUCGGCCCACAGAGCUUCAUCGAGCUGGGCAGCCAGGCCGCCAAGGAGGCGACGUCGCUGCUGGAGCACAGUGUUGUCAAGAAGAUCGCGGACAAGCACGGUAAGACCCCCGCGCAGGUGCUACUGCGCUGGUCGACCCAGAGGGACGUUAUCGUCAUCCCCAAGAGCAACAACCCGGACCGGCUGGCCCAGAACCUGGAUUGCAGCUCGUUCGACUUGACCAAGGGUGACUUGGAGGCCAUCUCUGGCCUGGAUAGGGGCUUGCGGUUCAACGAUCCUGGAACAUCGCUCGACCCGCCAAUUAGAGUCUUUGCUUGAAGGCAGAAAGAGUAACUAUUUAGGCGGGGUAGGGGAAGAAGGCUUGUUGUCACGGCUGCAUUGUGUAGUGGUGUUCGCGGGGAAGAAUAUAUCGCAACUGUAUCUUAGACAAUACAUAUCUUCCAACUGCCGAGCAGUUAGCUAACACACAACCCGGGGACCUUUUAUCUCCUCCGCUUUCCACCAC